AUGGAUGGACAACCCAGGACUGCAAACCGCCCUUUAAGCGGUAUCCCACGACCCACAAGUGGCAUUCCACGGCCAGCCUCAAGACUACCUUUACCGACGAGUACGGCUCCAAAAUCGAUCAAACCAUCACCUUCUCGAGAUAGACUACGGGCCGAUCCAGGAUUGGACGAAAAGAGACUGCGGCGACCAUCAUAUGACACGCUUGUGAAAAAGCCGACCUCACGCUUUCUGGCGCCCCAAAAGCACCAAGAUGAGCCUGUCCUUGCCCGGAAGCAGAAUGAAACCCAAGGCGGGGAAGACGAUACACAUGUUUCGGAGGAAGUGAGCUCAGUUCAAGCGGACGAUGACACCGAAUCAAUCACAUCAAGUCAAGAAGUACGAGGUCGCAGCGGGGUACGCUCAUCUUUGUCUGAGCGGACGCUGGAGACUUUGGCACAAAUACCACCAUCGCCGGCUUCAGUGAAAAGGCAGGCCAGCUUUUUUAAUAGCUCCAGUCCUAUCCGAUCCCCGUCUCGUGCCCCAUCUAAUGUAUCAAGUGUUUCGAGGUCACCAUCCAGGGCUUCGUCUGUUGCGACGAAUAGCAACGAACCAUACACGCAGCCUGUAUCCAAGUUACGCCUCCCGUCCUCAGCCUCUCGUAUGUCGGCCACAUCGUCUCUCUCCCCGGUUCGUGCCUCCGAGGAGAGCGUGAGCCCAUCAAGAUUGAAGCAACCGGCUGCCCGACAGAGCAUCGUGAUCGGUGACCAUAGUGGCUCGGAUAUCAGUUCGCCAACCAAGAAAACUUUGCCUAUCAGACCCAAUGGGGUUAAGAAUACGUCCAGGCUAUCGCUAGCUCGGCCGUCUCCCACAAAACAGGCAGCAGAUAAGAAGACAAACAUGGGUCCACCGGAGAGGCCAUUGCAAGUGAAGAAAACACGAAAAGUCGGAAUACAACAGGCCUCUACAUUACGCUCCCCUUCAACAUCGUCAAGAUACGUCUCCGCUUCGUCCAACGCACAAGAGGAGCUGUCCCCAGAGCAACAGGCAGAAAUUGAAGCUAGGAAAGUCUCCAAGUCUUCAAGCACCCUCCGCGAGACUAUAGCAAAGGCAAAAGCUGCACGCAAGGCAGUAACAGAAGGAGAGAAACAGGAAAACCCUCAAAAGCCGAUUGCCCAGACCCAGCCUGCUGUUUCGUGGGGGAACGUCGACGACGAAGAUCCGUUCGAUGAGCUGCCCAAGGGUCCCAGCUCUCUGGUGAUGCGAAAGCGCGUCCAGACAGCGCGUGCUACCGGCCAGCUGAACAUUGCGGCAUUUGCUUUAACGGAAAUCCCCAAAGAAGUGCUAACAAUGUACGAUUACGAUUCUGACAACGCAAACUGGUUCGAAAAUGUAGAUCUUGUUAAAUUUAUCGCCGCGGACAAUGAGUUGGAACAGAUCUCAGAUGAAGUCUUCCCAGACAUCAAUCCCGAGGAAUUUGAUCCAGAUAGUGAUGACCGAGGACUUCAGUUCGGAGGCAUUGAGACAUUGGAUCUUCAUGGCAAUAUACUGAAAUCCCUACCCAUGGGCCUUCGACAACUGCAAAGUUUACGCACUCUCAAUCUAUCGAAUAAUUCUUUGGAGAUGGAUCGUAUUGAGAUUAUUACAGAGAUAAAGUCUCUGACAGAUUUGAAACUUGCGAAUAAUCAACUGCAAGGGGAACUGGCUACCGUCUUUGGCCGGCUUAAUAAUCUGGAAUUCUUGGACCUGCGCGGCAACAAACUCACCAAACUUCCAGAUGAGCUUGUUGGAUUGAGCUCUCUGAGGACCUUGGAUGUCAGUGAGAACAAAUUGACUUCUUUGCCAUUUGAGUUGUUCAGCAAACUACCUCUGAAGACUCUGAAUGCGCAGAAAAACAGACUGGAAGGCACUUUGGUCCCUGCUUCAGUCGAUCGUUGGGACACAUUGCAGUACUUGAACAUUGCCAACAAUGCGGUGGUGGUCUUUUCAUCCAAUGACACACUUGACCUUCCUAAUCUACACACUCUCCUAAUUGGAGUCAACCGCAUCACGCAUCUUCCAUGCAUGUCUUCUUGGCAGUCACUAUCGACGCUCUCAGCGGAAGAAAAUAAAAUCACCGAGCUUCCAUCAGGGUUUGUGGAGCUCAAGAGCCUCAACAAGGCCGAUUUCACAGGGAAUGACAUAACGCGUUUGGACGACAAGAUAGGGUCCAUGGAAAGCCUUACAUUCCUCAAAGUCUCUAGCAAUCCGCUUCGUGAACGCCGGUUCUUGAACAUGGAUACUGAAGAUAUCAAACGAGAACUCCGAAGCCGGUGCGACCCUGACCCCCAGGAUACAGACGAUGAGGGUUCAGUGGCAACCCAGUUCACCCUGGCACCUGAAAAUCCCAUGCUCGAUGGCAGCUGGCAGAUUAAAUCGGGUGGGACUCUUGACAAGUCCUUCGCCGAUAUGACUGACCUCACCGUGGAGCAACUGGGGAUGAUUCCCUCGCAAGAUAUUCGGUGCCUCUAUUUGCAGAAUAACCAGCUGAGCUGCUUCCCCGCUCCUGCACUUGAAAUGCUCGCGCAGAGUUUGGUUGAGCUUGAUCUCUCUCAUAACCCCCUAAAUGGCACCGAGUGCUUGUCCUCCCCGAUCGAGCUUCCGAAGCUUCAGUCGCUGACUCUGAAUGCAACCUCCUUGACAUCUUGGGAGCCUCUCUUGGGCAACCUGGUAGCCCCGUCCUUGACCUUCUUAGAUGUAUCGCACAACCGUUUGAAGGGGCAUCUCCCAAACCUGCGAUCUUCUUACCCGGAACUCAAGACUAUCGUGGCUUCCCACAACAAGAUUGCUAGCCUGGAUUUUGAAUCUGUUCAAGGGCUACAGGCAUUGGACCUCAGUAACAAUGACAUUGAUUCCCUACCCCCGAAGAUCGGCCUGCUAGCUGCCAAGCGGGACCCUCAGAACUGGGGUACUGGUUCAGCGUUGAUGCGCUUUGAGGUCGCUGGCAAUCGAUUCAGAGUUCCCCGGUGGCAGAUAGUUGCCAAGGGGACUGAUGCUAUCUUGGAGUUCUUGCGAGAGCGUAUCCCGUUGAAGGAUCUUCCAGAAUGGGAAAAAGAAAACGAAGCUAGCGAGGAGGAGUUCUAG